GCCCAGUGUCGCCGUGUGGUUCUUCGGUGCGGUGCGGUGCCUUCCCACAGUGGCUUGGACUCGAAAGACGCGUGGAUGCUCUGUGUGGACUCUUUCUUGAAAUAUUCCAGAACGCCAACAGGAGUCCUUCUAUAUUUUCCACUUAAUAUAUUUUUUUACGACUUUUUUCACACUUUUUGACACAAACACGCGUUAGUGUUUGUGUACGCGCGUGCACGCGCACAGGUAUUACGCGAGACUACCCCGGAAGAACCCGUAGUGCAGGUUACGUUUUUUGUUGUUAUGUAGCAAAGCCCAGCAUAAUGGAGGUGUUUACGGGUACCUUUUGAGCUUGUUUCUUCAUCUCAAUGCGCCGAAAGUGAAUUUGAAACGACGGCGAAGCAACAUGAAGAGUGUGAAGAAGAAGCUGUACGUGCUUAUGGACGUGCUGUGCGUGCUUGUUGCGGCACUACCCUUCAUCAUCAUGACCAUCGUCUUCAAACCUUACCAGAGGGGCGUGUACUGCGACGACGAAAGCAUCAAGUACCCGCUCAAAGCGGACACCAUCACCCACAGCAUGCUGGCCGCCGUCACCAUCUCCUGCACAGUCGUCAUUAUCUCAUCCGGAGAAGCGUAUCUGGUGUACAGCAAAAGGAUUUACUCCAAUUCCGACUUCAACCAGUACGUGGCCGCCCUCUACAAGGUUGUGGGCACCUUCCUGUUUGGAGCCGCGGUUAGCCAGUCGCUAACUGACCUGGCCAAGUUCACCAUCGGCCGGCCUAGGCCUAACUUCAUGGCCGUGUGCGCCCCUAAAGUGUGCACGGGCUACAUGCAGAUAAUCAACUGCACGGGCAAUCCUCAGGAUGUCACAGAGUCCAGGUUGUCCUUCUACUCGGGUCACUCGUCUUUCGGCAUGUACUGCAUGCUCUUCCUCGCGCUGUACGUGCAGGCCCGGCUGGUGGCCAAGUGGGCGCGACUCCUGCGGCCCACCGUGCAGUUCUUCCUGGUGGCCUUCGCCGUCUACGUAGGCUACACGCGCGUCUCCGAUUACAAGCACCACUGGAGCGACGUGCUGGUGGGGCUGCUGCAGGGGGCGCUCGUCGCCAUGCUCAACGUGCGCUUUGUGUCGGACUUUUUCAAGAAGCGUCCGCCGUGCCGCGCCAAGCCCGAGUGCGCCGACAGCGAGGAGCCCGAAAGGAAGCCCAGCCUUCAAUUUGUCGACUCAGAGCACACCAACCAUUACAACUGUCAUCCGGUGUGACCACGCUCGCCGCCAAUCACACGGUACCAAACCCCCCCCCCCCCACCGACACCCCCCCACUUCAUCCGGCGGGCGUGUCGUCUUCCCGUUUUGAGUCAACCACUCACCUCCCAUCUGCUUCUCACUACCACUAGACUGAGCGAGAGGGUUCGUCCUCUCCGAAACGCCUCCUCGUCCUCUUGGAGGCAGUGUCCAAAACGCACGCGCCGCCGGUUCGCGUUGAAGGCAAAGACUCGGAAAUGAUGUGGCGGCGCAACGCCGGCUGAGCAAUCGCUGACGACAAGCUCGUGUUCGUUCACUCGUUCUCAUUUCGGCUUUUUGUACCGAUGUCGCUUUUGUCGUGCGUCGGUGUGGAUUCUCUUCGAGGCGCACCACUACUACCGCUUGAGCUUUCCUCAUCAGAUCCUUCUUGAGGCACGCCCGCGCAAUCCAGAAAAAGACAAAUUCUGCCUGAAACACAAUCGUGCAGUUGGAGUAUUAGGGGGAACAAAAAGCACGGCGGGGCCACUCAAUUUUGAGAUUUGAAAACAAAUAGCUGAAGCUGAAAGAGAAAGUGUUAGCAUUAGCAUAUGCUCCCUCUUACGUGUUCCAGUUUAGGGGUGAGUGGUAUCAUUUUGAACAUGUUUUGUAUUUUACAAGAAAAGAUGCAAAAUUGCAAGAAAAAAAGCUGAAUAUUUUGAUGGUUGUUGUUGUAAUGUUGCUUUUUGAGGGGGGGAAAUGUUAUAUAAGAAUUCGAGGCGUAACAAAAAUUGAUGUGAAUCACACCAUCAAAUUGAAUCAUUCUUUAAAAUGUGCCACCCUUGAAUCAAAUACCACCCCAACAUAUGUAAAAAAAGAUCGUCUUUUAUUGGUGAGAUGCACACCCCUAAAUUUUCAUCGGACAUUCUUUUAUCAUACUUUAGUCAUACUUUUAAAAUAAGUUGAAAUUUGAUGGAGAGAAAAAAAUAAGAAAAUGACUUGAAUUCAAUAAAAGUCAGAAAUUUGCAAGAAAAAUUUGAGUGCAAGGAAAAGUAGCUAUUUUGCAAUCAUGUCAUUCUAAUUUCAAAACGCUGAAUUUCCCUAAGUAUGCAUGUAAAAAAAAAUUGUGUCACUCCAAGUAUUGGACUAAUCGAUCUAUUCCACACAAUUCCUGAUGCACGAUUGAUCUGUGUUGCGCUCUCAUCUUAUUUAGCCCCUUUUUUUGCAUUAUUGCAAUUGUAAAGGCAGGCUUGUCCAUUCGGCUCUAUCAGUAGAGUGUGUGUGUGUGUGUGUGUGUGUGUGUGUGUGUGUGUGUGUGUGUGUGUGUGUGUGUGUGUGUGUGUGUGUGCGCAGUUGACGAUCUUUUUCUACUCUGUGACUUGUGGGUGUCACGUGAGUGAGGAAGGACUGCAGUGUAGAUUUGUAAAGCUAUGUGCAUAUACCACUACCAUGUUGCCCAAUUUUAAAAAAAAUCAUUUUAUCAUCAAAUGUAAGGAUGAGACACGUUUUUUUUUUUUUAAAAGGAAAACUGCCUUAAUUUAUUGAAAACCUUCUUUCUAUUUUUAUUGUGCAAUCACCCUGCUUGCCACUUUGAGCUGUACACGCUCUAUCAUAUGAAUGCGAGAAAGAGAGAGAGGGAGAGACGGAUAGAUAGAGAUAUAUCGAUAAAUAAUUGUAAUUUUCACGUAAUUGUGUUCGUGUAGAGCAAGGGUGGGUAAACUUGUGCUCAAGGGGCCACAUUUGAUUUGGAACACAGACAGAUGGGCCGAUGUGAAGAUGUGGUUAAAAAAAUAAAUUCAUGUGUACCAUACCAUAUUUUGACUACCGUUCGAGAAUGUUUCAGGUCACUUGGGAAAUAUCCUUUAUUUUUGAAAGAAUUGCACGAAUGUAUAAUAAGUGUUGCCUCAAGUUAAAUUUAUAUUUUUAAAUAAUAAUAAUAAUAAAAAUCAUCUGUUCACAUUAAAAUGAAUGUAUAUCUCAUUCAUUUGUUCCAGCACUUCCAAAACCGGCAACAAAAAGGUUUUCUUUUUAUUAGAAAAAUAGUAUUUUACUUUCUUAAAACAUAUAGUGAUAACAUUUAACACGAGUAGACUGUAAAUUAUUCAACAAUUUGUGCAUCAUGAUAAUCCAAUGGGCAUUGUGCUGCUCCUUCUGGUGGGCACAUUCCAUCAGAACUAAGAUGCAAUAAUUUGGCAUUUUUGGUAGUCGAUAAGAUGGCGGCAAAGCACUUUUUUGUAUUCAAUCAUGCUUCCGGGCAUGACAACAUGAAGUUUCUCCCCCUCGUUGUUGUUGAACAAAGUUGCUUGGCACUAAGGUGCCACCAGAUGGCACCAAAGCUGUUCUUUUGUAUUUGGCAUGGCUUUAGCCUAUGCACAAAAACUGACUAAAAAUCACUGAAAAAGGAAAAAUUGUGAAUGCCGAAUGUGGGGUUCACUGUCUGGAAACAUUUUUCUGUUCCAAAGUUUGAGUCAUUAAAACUGUUAUUAUAUUAUGAAUAAAAUAACUUUUUAGGGGAUCCCUUAAAUACUUGCAAGUGCAAAGAUAUGAAUUACAGGCAGAACAUUUGACUGUUUUACAAUACUUUGUCUUAUAACAUUUGUUUAAUAUUACACCUGAAAUAAAAAUCAGCAAAAAAUUGGCCGGUAUUUUUUUUUCCUCUAGUUAUGUUGUAAUGUGCUAAUCAGUGAAGAAAAAUAACCUCUGAUUUCUGCUGAUUUUAAAAGAGCUAACUGGCCAAUGCGGUGGGCCAUCGUUGUCAAUAUAGUAAAAACUGAACAAAUAAAUACAUUUUAAAAAGUUUUUCUUUCAAAGUAUAAGACCCUAAAUUUUAUGUUUUUUUUUAAACAUACAAAAGAUAUAUCUUCAUUUGUUUUAUUCUCAAUUUAAUUCUAAUUCUGAGAAAUUAACUAUUUUUUAAUACAACAUAUACAAAUUUGUUUUUUAUUUUACCAAUAUUUGAACUUAUAUACAAUAAAACAACUCACCAUUUCUUAAUGUAAUAAAAUAAAUUUUAAUACCCCAAUUUUAGUGAAAAAGAGAUCCAAAUUAAUGUACAAAAUAUCCCAGGACUCUUGAUCGAGAUCACCCCAAUGUGGCCCCCAAGCCGUAUUUUGCCCACCCAUGUUGUCGCAAUCUCAGUUUCCAAAUGUAAGCCAGAUGCCUCUGCGGGACAAAAUGGCCACCGUAGUGAACACUCACAUGUACAGCUCUGUUCUUAUGAAGCCAAGGAAUGAAGGGUAGUUACGCCAUACAACGAAGGGCCAGACGAAGACCUGAAACGUGGCCGCUAAUCAUGUCAAAUAGACAAAAAAGCACAAAGAGCUGCUCCAGAUGAAGUGUUGUGUGAGACCCAGACUCCUCGCCAAUGUUCUCAGCCUCUCAUGUUUUAUCCGUGUGUGCCUUCAAAAGGUGCUAUUGAGUGUGUGUCACCAUGUAAUUAGAAACUCUAUGUUGUGAUUGUGUGUACAUUUUGGAAUAAACAUGUAAUCUGCAUUCA